AUUAAUUAUCUUCGAUCUUCUUAAUUUCUCUCCAACAAGAAAGGGAAAUAAUAAAGAAGCAGAGUAAAAAUGAGUUUUCAUCAUGAACACCCUCCUCCUGAAGAAGAAAGCACAGUAUAUCCGCCACAAGGCGGAUAUCCUACCAUACAAGGAUACGGAGGUUACACACCGCACCAAGGGUAUCCGGGGCAAGUAUACCCACCAGGGCCACUACAACAAGGGUAUUCGGGGCUAGGACACGUAGGAUACCCACCGCAACAAGGGUAUCCAGGGCUAGGAUAUGGAGUAUACCCACCGGGUUAUGUGUAUCCGACUCCACCGUAUACCCCUCAACUUACGUAUGUGCAACCACCUCCUCCUCAGCAGCUGAUCAUGAAUAAUCAGAUUAGUAGUCGUGGAUUUAUGAAAAGAUGGCGGUACUGUUGGUCGUGGUGCUACAGUUGUACAAGAAGCUGUUAAUACUCCAUAUAAUAAUGAUCGUCAGCUUGCAUUGGCCGGUGUUUGUUAGUUCACUUCGUUGUUGAUGUACGUCUUCUAGAUGAAUGCAUGGUUCGAUAGUUAUCAGCUAGCAAUCUAGCAUACUGAUGACUUUGAAUGGGUUAACAUUAUAAUAAUAAUGUUGCCAUAGAUACAAGCAUGUGUGAACCGUUCCGUAGGAUUUAUAUAUUAUAUUGGAGAUGAUAUCAUGUGCUUGGUAUCAUCUUCCUCCAUAUCAACCAGUGCUGAUAUUAAGCUACAGCAUAUCAUAUCUCCAAUAGUGUGUACUCUAAAAUGUACGUGUACAUUAUUCAAAGUCAAAUCUCGUUUACCAUCAAUAUAUAUAUGUAUGCAACCAACCUAUUCAAUUGGAAUAAAUCUAUGAAAUUACAUUCAGGGGUGUCAACCCCAGGAUAGGCCACCAGAAAUCUAUAUCAUUUUUAUCAUCCAUUUGUAAUACUGUAACAAUUUACGAUAAAUAUAUUGUUAAUAUAAGAUUAAUGGCCAAUAUAAUGCAUUGACAAAUGAAAAGCCAAAACAAAGGUCAACGCCUAAUUGUCGGACACAAAUAUACGUAGUAUAAAAUACUCAGUACAAAUUAAUAUUAUUGUACAUACACCAAACCUUUGUUUUUUUUACUCCGUAAAAAGUACAUAUAUACAUGCAUAUAUAUACAUAUAAAGUACGGAGUAUGUAUACAGACUAUUCCUUAUCACUUUUUUUUUUUUUUUUUAUCUCGACGCUUUAAUUUGAACUUUUUUUCUCUUAGAAAAGAAUCAAAAUGUAAAAUUAAAAAGUGGUGGAUAGAUUUUGGUAAAUGAUGAGCCUUUUAAUAAUUAAGUUAUAUUAGGAGGCGAUGAAAAGCAUGAUAUGCAUGUGUAGCAUUUGUUGGAUUACUUUGAUGAAUUCAAUCACGGAGUGGCGGGGAGGGAGCGCCCACAUGCAAUGCCAUAAAAUAUGCAUUAUAUAUACUACUAUGAUACAGAAGGACAUAAUUUGAUCUGAUACUUUGUAUCUGCUAAACAUAUUUAGAGGUAUCUUGGUUAGCUAUUAGCUAGUGUGUGAACAUCUUUGACCAUUAUUUUUUAUAAUUGUUAAUGAGUAUGUCUUGAUAUCUUCUGUCAUAAUUGUUAAUGGGUAUGUUUUUAUAUCUCUAUUGAUAUUAUAAUCGUUAAUGGGUAUGUUUUUAUAUCUCUAUUGAUAUCUUCUGUUAUAACCGUUAAUGGGUAUGUCUUGAUAUCUCUAUUGAUAUAUUCUGUUAUAAUCAUUAAUGGUAUGUCUUUAUAUCACUAUUGAUGUGUUGAAAUUAUGAAGACCAUUAUAAAUUGUAGGUAGUGAAUUUAUAUAAAUCAACUUUUAAAAACAUAAAAUACACAGCACAAUAAAAAGUAAAAAACACUAAAAAAGCAAGAGAUAGAAUUAAGUCCAUUAUCUAAGGCGUAUGGUAUCCGUGUAGAUACCGUGGUCAUAAUUCGUUAAAUACAACACCAUUAUCUUUGCGCAUGCCUUCCAUUUUUUGACAGAGAAGAAAACAAAGACUAAUUAAAUGAGUAGCUAUCCUCCUCCUCAAGCAGGUUGAGUGACUGGAAGAUGAUUCAGCAGAAGGAAGGUACACGGAGGAAAGCUUUAUGUUAACGCCGGUAGUUUACUUCUGUUAGGUCCAUUAGUUAGUGGGUGAGUUAGUGAGUUACUUGAGGGUGAAGGUGGACAUUAAUGACUGCUUUUAUUGUUGGUAGUUGGUAGUUAGAGACCAGUCAAAUUUAGGUGUUUGAAUGUUAUUUCUUCCCUUCCAAGAUUCAUACUGUAGCAAAUUUGUAGAAAAAUUUCUUGUGGCAGAAGAAUGACUGAGGAAACAGUUGAGUGAUCGUUCCAGAGAGAUGUUGAUUUUGGAUCAUUUCAAGUGGUGGUAACAAAUGGCUAAAAUCAUCAAAAUCUUGAAAAUGUUUGGAAGGUACAAAGAUUUCAAACCAGUUUUGAAGGCUAUAGUGUAUGAAAGUUUGACUGUUCAAGAGUUCGAGAAAGAUUGGGCAGAGCUAAUAAAUGAAUAUAAUUUAGAGAGCAAUGAUUGGUUGUCAAACCUUUAUACUGAGCGGCAUAUGUGGGUUCCCGCGUAUAUGAGAGACUAUUUUUGGGCUGGAAUGAAGAUAACUCAACGGGUGGAAAGUAUAAAUAGUUUCUUUGAUGGUUUUGUGAUUCGUAACACCAAGCUAUUUGAAUUUCCAAUUAAAUAUGCGAAGGCCAUGGAGAAGCAUGUGCGUGACGAGACAGCUGCUGAUGCAAAUUGUGCUAAGUAUGUACGGAGGCUAGUGACUGGUUUUAAGGUUGAGAAAUAUUUUCAGAGUUUGUACACAGACACCAAGUUUCAGGAGGUGCAGAAUGAAUGUACUCAAAUGAUGUAUUGUUAUUAUAAGGAAAGUAAAAUGUUAGACGAAAAUACAAUUGAGUAUGAUGUAGACGACCGUGUGUGGAUUGUACCAGAAGGUAAGAGUGAAGAAGUCAUAACCAAUUGUAGAAGGUAUUUUACAGCCACAUUCAACAAGGAGACAAUGGAGGUUGAAUGUCAAUGUCGCAAAUUCGUCACACAUGGUAUAAUGUGCAAACAUAUGAUGCAAAUACUUGAUAAGCAUCAUGUGGUUGAAAUUCCUGAAAAAUAUGUUCUAAGGCGAUGGCGCAAGGAUAUUCUUAGUAAGCACACCCGGGUUGCGGUUUCCUACCACGACCCAAAUAAAUAUGCGGCUGUGAAAAGGUAUAAUAAGUUGAUGGCUGAGUUUGAAGAGUUAUGUGACACAGCUGCUAUGGUGAAUGAUGAUGCAGUUACCAUGGUAAGCAAGUCAUUAAUGCAUAUUAGGAAUGAAGUUCAAGAAUGCAGGCUUAGGAAGGCAGCAGAGAGUAUACCUAUAUCAUUUCCUGAUGAGGCAACUGAUUUCGAAUUGGUAGAAAAUGCCAGCGGGAAUACCGUGUCAACUGUUAAUGAGCCUCAUCAUCGCGAGGACAAUACAAGUGAUUCACAAAUGGAAUGCCCAGAAUAUUUCCCACCUACUUGUAAUAUUUCAGCGAAAGAUCCUAUGUAA